AUGGACGGCGGCGUGGAGAGGCAGGCGUCUUCGUCCUCGUCGCGCGCUUCCUUUCUCUCUGCGCCGCUUCGCUUCUCCAAAAAGCACGAGGCGUCUCCGCACGUAGAGCAUCCCGAAGCGCCGGCGAAGAUGGAGACAGACGCGGCGGAGGGACGGGAGACACUGCUCUCCAGACCGCCCACAGCCUCAACUGGCGGAUCCUCCGAGGCUGUGAGCCCGACGCAUGCAAAGGAGAAGCCGAGGCGGCUGUCCUCUUUCGGCUUUCCGAAAAAGGCGAGUCCCGCUGACGACGGGGACCGGUCGGCCGCUCUCUUUGCUCCCCCCUCUGCUGCCAGAGAAGGCGGCGCAGUAGUCAGCCAAAGAAUCAAGGAACUCCUCGCAGACGUCGACACCCGAGAGGCGCUGGAAAAACUCGCAGAAGGGUCUUUUUUGCUCAAGUGGUGCAAGACGAACUUCAAGAAGCCUCACGAGCGCUUCUUCUACGUCGACGCGAACGCGAUGGCGCUCAAGUGGAAGUCGCCGAAGAAGCAAGAAUCCUUCACGACCAGUGAGAUUCACGGGGCAGCGAAGGCUACUGAUCGGAUAAUUCGAGGUCUUGCUGUCUUUGGUAUCAGGAGUAUCCUUAGUUCUCUUAACUUCCUUGGUACCUAUCUCGCAGACACUGCGGGGGGAGGCGGGCAGAAACAGGAAGGAAACGAGAAACACCACAGACGCGGAGGCGUCGCGAACAGCCGCAAGCAGCAGCAGCAGCAGCUUCCUGUCGGAGACGUCCAGAGAAUCAUUCCAGGCGAAGACACGGACUUUGGACGAAAUAAAGCGGACAAGACGCUCAGCAUCGAAAUUGUUGCCAGCGGGCGCGUUCUCCACGUCGCCUGUCGCGACGAGACGGAGUGGAAGUUGUGGAUGAAAGGUCUGCUGCUCUACCACGACAUGGCGCUUGGCCAACUCGCAAGCGAAGGCGCCUCCGACUUUAUCUCGGUUCAGUGGCACACAGCUGAGAAGGAUUCCGGUGGGAAAAUCGAGCAGCGACAUCUGCACUGCCUCCUCCGCAAGUUGAACAUUCAAGCAGACAGCCGUUACGUCGAGGAGCUCUUCCAGAAACACGACACAGAAAAUUCCGGGCGACUCGGGUUCUCAGAGUUUCGAGAAAUGCUCAACGAACUGCUUAUCCGCCCUGACGUCGAUUACUACUUCGCCGUGUAUAAGGUCCCUCAAGAAGAUUUUAUAGACGAGCAAGGGUACAGACGGUUCCUGCAAGAAGUGCAGAAAGCCACUUCCGAGGCAGAGAUCGAGGAGGAGCUUGCGAAUUUUCGGAGUGUCGACGAGGCGUUUCGAAAACCUGGCCCCACCGGCAUGCUCUCUGCUCUUGGGUUUGGGAGUCUCCUGUGCUCGGAAGCGAAUUCCCUCAUGGCGCCUCACAGACUGAAAGUUCAUCAGGACAUGAGUCUGCCGCUUUGCAACUACUGGGUGAAAUCGUCGCACAACACGUACCUCUGCGGUGACCAGGUCGUGGGAAAGUCUGCCGUCGGGCAGUAUAUCGACGUGCUCUUGCGGGGCUGUCGCUGCGUGGAACUCGACUGCUGGGACGGAAGCGACGGCGAGCCUUCUCUUUUCCAUGGCGUCGGAGGCUACCAGCUGACCAGUCGAAUCAAAUUCAAAGAUGUCAUCCAAGCGUGCAGAGACUACGGAUUCCAGCGCUCAAAAUUCCCGAUUAUUUUAUCUCUGGAAAUGCACUGCAGUGCGAAGCAGCGCAUUCGCAUCGCCGAGAUUCUCGACGAAAUUCUGCAGGAUCAAAUCUACCGCUGCUCUUCUACGAGUCCACAGCCUUCGCCGGAGCAGCUGAUGUGCAAAUUCAUCCUUAAGGGAAAGGUGCCCAAUGAGCGUGGGGAAAUGGUGGAGGAGGGAGACGAAGAAGACCUCCAACUGGACGAGUUGGAAUUGGAGAUGGCCAAGUCCUUGGAUUUGCUUGGGGACGGCCGGGAUGUGCAUUCUUUGGAGGCUCUUUCCUCGUCGUUUUUGCAUGCGUUGGAGGGCCAGGGGACUUCCUUGUCGCUUCCGGAAACGCCGCCUUCGCCGGUUCAGGCUUUGUCUCAGCUUUCCUCACUGUCUCUGGGGAAUGAGGCCUUGGACGGCGCCCCGCAGAGCGCGCCGAGCGGCGAGGGCGACGCUUCCGCCCCGUCCCUUCCCGCGGGGCGGGAAGACAUGCGAGCUGUGUCGGAUCCGAAGGCGAAUCGCCUCGCGUCUCCCUCGUCCAAAGGCGCGAGCGGGAGUUGCAUGCGUCGAAACCGGAAUCCGUUUCUCCGGAAGAGUAGCAGCUUCACAUGCGCCUCCGCGGCGCGCACUGAGAGUUUCGACCAGCGCGGCGUGGACGCGCCGCGACGCAUUUCUGAGGAGGCUGAGGACGACGCAGAUGCCGCCGCGCGAGAAGACCGCGACGGACCGCCCGCUCCCGUCGAGUGGAGACGCGCGCGAACCGUGGAUCGACUGAACGAGGCCGAGUCUCGAGAGGAAAAACGCGCGACGGCGUCGUUCGGAGACGCAGAGGCCGACAGCGCCUUCGUGAAAACGGCCAAGCGAAGCAAAGGCAACACCGCCACCCCAGGCGCCGCAUCGGCAGACAGCAAAAGCGAACGGCUCAAAGUCUACUACCGAAACAUUGCGAUGCCGGGAAAGAAGUUGAGGAGCUUCGAGCAGCCGAGAAACCCGAUGGACAUUUGCAGCAUGCCUGAGUCUCGCCUCUUGAAGCUCGUGAAGCAGUCGCCACUCGAGUUUGCCAGGUUCAACCAAAAAUACCUCACGCGCGUCUACCCCGCUGGCACGCGGCUAUCAAGCAGCAAUUUCAACCCGGUGAUUCCGUGGCUGUUUGGAGCGCAAGUCGUGGCUCUGAAUCUUCAGUCUCUCGGCAGUGCGACGAUCCUCAACGAGGGGAGAUUCCUCGACAACGGCGGGUCUGCGGGGGGUUAUGUGCUGAAGCCGGCGAUGAUGCGGAACCCGCGACACCCCUUCGUCCCUGCCUUCGCGGAACAUUCUUCAGGUCCAGAGACGCCCGUGCACUUCACCCUCAAGAUUCUGUCAGCUCAUCAACUCCCGCGACCUGUGGCGGAAGCCUGGAAAGGCCCGUCGACGAUCAACAAAAUCAAAACGCGCAAGAACACAGAUCUCUCUUGCCCCUUCGUCUCCGUCUCCGUCCACGGUGUGAAAGAGGACACAAAGGCUUUCCGCACGCCUACGGUGAUGAAUAACGGAUUCAAUCCUCGGUGGUCAUCUCCGGAAGCGACUUUCGAGUUUCUCGUUCGCGCCCCGUCCGUCGCUCUCCUCAUGUUCAAAGUGCAAACUGCGGACUCUGUCAGGAGCGAAUUCCUCGCUGCUGCAUGCUUUCCCCUCGACGCCAUUCGCCAAGGAGUCCGCUGGGUGCCUUUAUUUGACCGCAAAUUUUGUCGACUUCGCUGGACUGGUCUUCUGGUCUAUUGCCGGGUCGUUCCGCUCGAACGGGAUGAUGCAACCAAUACCUGGAACCCUGUUAUACCCUUCCAGGAUGAGGGCACACCGCCUCCGCCAGGCCCCAUGGUGUGA